UCGUUUCGCCUUGGCCAGCGCAACGUCUCACAAUCAACUUCCCACCUCCAACCUCUCUACGCCAGCCUCUUCUCUCUCGCAUACCAUACCACACACGACUCCACGACCUCGACCUCUAUCACCUUUGCAUCGCCAAUUUCUGCGUCGCUCCGAUCGAUACAACCUACCUAUUUUCCCAGUAACCUCCCGACUACAGCCAAAAUGCCCGAGCAGGAAGCCCCCUACGACCCCUACAUCCCCAGCGGCCAGGCCGGUGCUCAACAGGGUGCUGGCGGCAAUGCCAGGACGCAGGCUCUCCAAGCUCAAAUCGAUGACACCGUCGGUGUGAUGCGGGACAACAUCAACAAGGUUUCCCAACGUGGCGAGCGACUCGAUGCCCUUCAGGACAAGACCGACAACCUGGCCGUCUCGGCGCAAGGUUUCCGCCGGGGAGCCAACAGAGUUCGCAAGCAGAUGUGGUGGAAGGACAUGAAGAUGCGCAUGUGCCUGAUUGUUGGUAUCAUCAUCCUGCUGGUAGUUAUUAUUGUCCCUAUUGUUGUGACCAAGGGUUGA